AUGCAUAUCACAGCAUAUUUUGUUUUUAUAUUGGUUCUUCUGACAAGCGUUGUUCAAUGUCCAGGUGGUGGUGGUGGAAGAGGAGGUGGUGGAGGAUUUAGCAAAGUAACUGGUCAAGGAGCAGAUCAUGCCGGUAACUUUACAAUUGUUGGUAGUUUUUCUUUGCAAAAUCUGCGACUAGCUCUAUCACAGAAAAAUAUAAGUCGAUCUGUUUUCCAAUUGAUUCAACUACAAUUUGGUCGAGAACCACGUUUACCUACUGAUGAACCUUCAUCAUCAUUUACUUUCAAUAAAUCAAAUGAUUAUUAUGUACAAUUGAAAAAAAAUCUGUUGAUAAUACAACAACCCGCACGUGAUAAUAUUAUUCAUCGACAACGACAAUACAAGAUUAAUUAUGACAAACAACGUCCAGAUCCACAUUAUGAAAUCAAUGAUCCAGUACUGAUUAAAAUUCAUGGAAUAAAAAAAAAACUAGAACCAACAUAUUCGAUUACACCAAAAAUAAUUAUUAGGAAACAACAUCCAAUUGAUUGGGUCAAAGAUGAAAAACCACAGGUCGAAUCCAGAGUACAUGUUAAUGAUAUUUGA